AUGGAGCAAACCUCACGUCCUCGUAUUUAUGUAGAAAGAACACUGGCCAUCAUCAAACCAGAUGCACAUCACAAAGCUGAGGAGAUUGAGGAUACCAUCCUCAAGGCGGGCUUUAUCAUCCUGCAGAAGCGGAAGCUGCAUCUAAGUCCAGAGCAGUGCAGCGACUUCUACGCAGACCAGUAUGGAACGCUCUUCUUUCCCAGCAUGACAGCCUUCAUGAGCUCAGGCCCUAUCAUUGCCUUGAUGCUGGCUCGCGACAACGCUAUUGCCCACUGGAAGUCCAUCAUAGGGCCUGUCAGCAGCACCAAGGCCAGAGAAACUCAUCCAGAAUGCCUUAGGGCAAAAUAUGGCACUUCUGACCUGAAAAACGCACUACAUGGCAGCGAGUCAUUUCCUGCAGCUGUGAGAGAGAUCAGAUUCAUGUUCCCAAACUCUGUAAUUGAGCCCUUUCCCUCAAGAGAAGCAACCGAACAAUACCUGAGCAGGUAUGUAUACCCAGUUCUGCGACGUGGGCUCAUUGAGCUUUGCAAGGAGAAGCCUCUCCACCCCUGUACUUGGCUCGCUGACUGGCUGAUUAAAAACGAUCCAAACAGUCCUCAAAUAUGUGAUGGAGGCAUUGUGGAAGAACAAGAGCAGCAGGGGGACAGGGAAUAGAGAAGGACAAAUACAUCUUUUCUGUUCAUUUUUUUCUUUUUUGAUAAAUUAAUUGGUUCAGUGCUAUGAAGACAUGAAAUGUAUUUUCAAGACUGUUCAUUUGUGUUGUUUGUUUUUUUGUAU